CCUCCACACAAGGCGGUCCACUGGAAUGCACUUCCACUCAUGCACAAUAAUAACUGUUGACAACAUACCUGACCUCCUAAGGGAAGCAGUACUUUUUAAAAUUUCAUCUCUGAGAGCUGCAACAAGCAGACAACAAUGAAGCCCAAAUCUCUCUCAUCGAGGUUGUUUGACAUAAAUGCAGCAGCGACAGUUGAGGCACUGAGCAUACGAGGAGCAAAGUAUCAACGACAUGUGGACUGCGUGGAUCAUAUUGACAGCCAGCAAGUGGCAGAGGAUGACAGACAAAAUGAGAAAAGCCACAGAGAAAUACAUUUUGCCUUUUUACCAGAGAGGUAUGAGCCACUGAUGGAUGAAGAGGCACAAAUGAAAGAAAAAGAAGAGAAGAAGAAAAGGAAGAAAGAAAAGUACAAAAAAGUGAAGAAGAAUGUUGGGAAGGCACUGCGCUCCACUUGGAAGUGUCUAAUGCUUGGUCUGUACAAUUUUGCCCUCGGCUACUCUACUCCGAUCACAGUGGCAGCUACCUUUGUCCCUGACUUCCACCCAGGGAGAAACCGGACCUGAGCUGACACACAUGCACCUCCUCCAAACUGUAAUUCUCUGUGAAUACUGACCAAAGGC